CUUCGUGAGUGGGUUGGUUUUCUGUGAACCCACGGAAAUUUUUUGAUCUCUCCCAGUUUUGUUCUGACAGGUGGUGGAAGGUGCUAAGCGCGCGCUGCAUCUUGGGAUAUUCGCUGCAAGUUUGCCUCAUGAGCUGUGUGUAUCUUGUUCUUUUGCGAUUGUCAAGCGAAUUAUCGUCUAAAAUUGCGUGAAAAACCGUUUACAACUCUUUUCAGGAUAUUAAACGUGCAAACAGUAAACGAAGGAUCGUCCAUAUCCCGCAAUAUGGUGGAAGAAUGCACGGAUGACAGAUUCCAUCGGCUGUUUUUGCGCUAGAGGAAGUGUGAACCGGUAACCUAGCGGACAUGUAAUUGGACGUGAAAUCCCUGAUUCCCGUCAUCUGGUUUUGUUUGGGACUCGGCAUUUCGUUCCAUCGCCAAAAUGAUGUGCGAUAUAAUGCCUACGAUCUCUGAGGACCCGCCAGAGAUUAAUUAUGGGCAAAAUGAAGAGACGAACUUCGAACAACUCAUGGUUAAUAUGCUCGAUGAACGGGACAAGCUUAUGGAAACACUUCGUGAAACCCAAGAUUCGCUUGCUCUCACGAGAGCCAAAUUAACGGAAUGUCAAAAAGAAAAAGAUGGGCUUAUGAAUCACUUGGAAACUGUGCUAAAUAAUGUAAGAAUCUUUUAAGCUGUAUUUUUAAUAUAUAUUUUUUCUCCUUAAUCUGAGGCCUGACCAUUCAUUCUUUGGCUUACUCAAAUACGCCAUGUUUGAUCUGCAAUUGAAUGUCAUUUCACCGACCAAGUGUUUACAUAUCCACAGAACACGGGUUUUACUGUACACGAAGAACAGUCUCUGCAGUAUUUCAACAAGAAGCUAUAUCGAUUAACUACAUUCUCGUUUAUUUUCAAGUAAAGUCGCAUGGUAAAAAUUCCAUAAUACGUCAAGAAUCUUUAAACUGUCGCUCAAGAUUCCAAGCUGCAUUCCUGUACAUGUUGUCCAAAAAUCUUUCGUAGUUUACAGUCUCAAGCAUUAUUUUCAACCGAGUAAGAUGAUAAUUUGAGUUUGCGGCUUGGGAACUUCUAAUUUGCCGAUGUGUUUGUGUUAUUUCACCAAAGAUCAUGCAUAUUUAUGCCUCUCCAAUCCAAUUCGUUUUGUCACUGCUGAUGGAGACUAUCUCCUUCAUUAAUCUCACACGUGUUUAUAGAAAUUUCUGAUUUCAUUCGGUGGUAUUUCUUUUAUUUUUAGGGUGAUGAUCAACUUAUUGAAAGACUGGCUGGUUUGGAUGGAAUUAUCAGCGAUGCGGGGAAUGAUCUAAAACAAGAUUCUGAUAAAAACAGAGUUCGUGUUUUGGCUGAGGUGUGUGGAGAAUUCUGUCAUUUUUUUAGCCGCUUGUUUUAAUAACACCACGAAAAUGCAAAGGAAUUAGUUUAAUUAGCAGUUCCUUGGUUUUCUGUGGAAUAAUUCACCCCAGAGAAUGAAUUUUCACCCUAGAGUUUUGCUGUUGCUUCCAAGGUGUUUGUAAACAAUACUGGUGGGAAUCUAUUGUGAAUGCUGUGAUCUUAAUUUAAAAAUUUUACACAGAUUAAACGGAAUUAAAAUUGUUUUCAGCUAUAUAGGUUGUUUUCCACUAGCCUUCAGGCGUAAAAAUCAAAAUAGAGAAUAAAGUUUUUAGACUAUGGGAUUUAACAAGUGCAAAGCUCGAAUAUUGAGUAAUAUUCUUCAUGUUUGACCUUUUUUAAUCGAAAAGUACAGUGAAAUCUUUUUUUGCACGACUGAAUUCCACUAUGAGUAUGAUGACGCUUUCAUCAACUGUUAGCAAAGUACAGGUCGAGUUUCAGACCACCAAACUGUGAUGAUUGUAAAGAAUGUUUAGUUUUUUGUGGGUAGAACAAUUGUGUCAUUACAGUCUGCAUUUAAUCAUGUGUCCAGUAUCAUCGAUCACGUUAGCGAAAAUCACGAUCGUGCCUUUUAUUUUCGAACAUUUCUCCCAGCUUGAGGAAAACAUGGUGCUGGAGAUGUAGUUUGUCUCUUUGCAUAGCUAUUGAAGUGCCCUUAGUGUGUAAUUUCCGGUGAAUACACUAUGUGGUAUUUUAUAUCGUACCACAUAAUUGCAGGUUCGAUGCGAAUACUUUUUUUUGUGUUCAUGGUCUACUGAAACGAUCAGUUGCAAUUUGGCUUGGAAUAUUUAAGCGGUUGUGUGCUCAAAGAUGGUACUAUUUGCUUCUUGACACCUAGCCACGGAAGAUUUUAUUAAAAAGCCCUCACAUUAUCAAACAAGUCCAUUUUACCACUUGACUUAACUGCAUAAAGAGCUUUACCUUCGAAUACUUUCUGUUUUUCUUUUCUCGCGUUGGAGAGGAAAUUGCUUGCAUACAAGUUGUGUUUCAUUGUCAUAAACGUCUCGCGAACUGAAGGAAAACCUUUUUGUACAGACAGUAGUAUGUUUACUGAACUCUUUAAGUGUAAUUUGCAUGAGAAUAAUUUAGUGAUCGGCUUUUGUUGAGUUAAAACAUGUCGACCUAUUCGUGAAUGUUUCGCACCGUGAUAUCUGUCAUCUGUCCCUCUGCAAUCAGAACCUUGUUUUCUCUGUAAUGUUGCACGGAUAUUGAUAUCUUGUUGAUAUCUCACGAUUAGAGAAUUCCGUUUUCGCUUGGUGCUGACGAGCAAGGCUCUCCGCUGGACAACUGGCAAGUUAAUACGUUUCCCGGGUUGUGUGCGGCAAACAGAAAUCGCUUGAUAUGUAAAUAUAAAAUGACACAAGUUACGGUGUAUGGUUUUGAUAAGUUACUUGACACUACUUGUACACUUGGUACAUUUAUUAACUGACAAAACAUCAUGUGAAAGGUCUCGGUAAUUCUGUGGUGAGAAAGUCGACAAAACUCACUUAAAUAAAAUAGCACAAAGUGAAAGCCUCUUAUGCUAACAGACUACCCGUUAGUUCUAAUUGUAGUGUUUAUUAAGCUUGGGCAAAUGUGUACGUCUUUUAUUUUACUGCAUGUACUUCUUUUUUAUAUAGAUGUGGUGAGUUUUAAUUUCAUUUGAUUCUUACUUGUUUGUGAUAAGCUGGCCUUUGUGAGAAAACUAUAGAUUGUGCAAGGCGGUCAAAUACCUGGAUUUCUUUAGAAUCAAUCUCCUUUCAUUUAUAAAGUUGUAAUUUUGGUCAGUUAAUUAAGAUUUAAUUUCUGUUAUGUUAAUUAAUUGUCAAAACUGGUUCAUCUUGAGGAUCAUGUCUGUAAAAGGAUUUUUGUUAAAUUUAUCCCAUUUUGCAUUGUCAAUUAAACAAAAUUGCGAGUGUACUUUGUUUAUCUAAAUUAUGAAUCUGUUCAAGCAAACAAAAAUAAUAUUAAUACUAUCCUGUCUUGCUGAUGGUCAAAUUUUAGAAACAUUUAUGCAAUCACAAAUUUCAUGAUAUCAAAUAAGCUGUUUGAUUGUUUUCAAAUGAACUUUUAUUUUGAAUAUCUAUUCAGAAAUUUAUUUUGUGAAGCAUAGAUAUAUAUUUUCUCACUGUUUUCUUUUCCUCAUACAACUAUGACAAAUUCUGAAAAUUGGAAACAGAUUUUUAUUCAAGUUUAGAUGGAGUGUUUAAAUUGCUUGUUAAUCUCUACUUUCUAACAUUUUUUAUCACUGACCUGACUUUACUUAUUAAUCAAGGUACAAUUACAUUCAAGUGUGAAACAAUUAUUAAUAAUUCGUCAAUCUGCAUUACUAAAAGAAUCAUUUAGAUACUCAUUAGUUCAAAGUGUAUGAUAUAUAAGAAUUUUUCAGCAGCAAAAAACGUGAUUUACAGUCCACAAAGAAGUGCAAUGUUCUGCUUUUUAACAUUCAUUGUUUUCUUAACUUAAUACAUGUACGUUAUAGCAAUAUUUGGUUCAAAACAAUGUGGUUAUCGGUAAUAAUAAUAAUGUUAUCAAAGUAUGAUAUUGCCUUGGUUCAGUGCUGUUUUUACCAGAAUGUUUUGCUACUUAUCAACAACAAUAUUAUUCUUUGAUCAUUUUGAUUUGGUUAUUCUUAGAGGUGCCACACUAUAUGAUGUUUCAAAAUUCUCUUCUGUAUGCUGUGAAUAAACCAAAUGAAUAAAAUGUUUUGCUACAAAACACAGUCAACCUCCACUAAUGUCCACCUCUCUACGGUGGCCACUUUUUUGGCAAACAUCGUGAGUGUGAGUUUAUUGUCUGGAGAAACAGUUCCGAUACAGUCAAUGACAGCGACCUCUCCUACAAUGGCCACUUUUUUCUGUCCCCAGGGUGGCUGUGUGGGGAGGUUCAACUGUAGGUGCAUAUGCUUCUGUUGCCUUGCCUUUUUUGUUGGUGAAUGGUUGUGUAUCAAGAUUUCACCAAAUUUUAUCGCACAUUUGUCUUGUGGGAGGUAAACUCCUUAUACUGGUAAAUGUGUUUUCUUAGCAACAUCUAGACAACAUGAUAUUAACCUGAAUUUCACAUAACACUUAGGGAAGCUAAUGUCACAUUAACGCAGUUUUAAAACAUUGUUCUUAGAAUGUAGUCUUGAACUUUUAGAGACACAAACAUGUUAGUUGAUUGGCUGGAAUGAUGAUUUUGUGUUUGUAUUAUACCAUGAUUAGCCAAUAACAGACAGCAGUGACAGUGACUCUUACAGUUUAUUCGUCCAAAGAGAACACUACUACACUACAACACCAAAAUUGAUUAAUAAUGUCAAGGUGAACCAGUCAGGUGCCAUAAAUUUUGCUGGAAGUGCUUUAGUUAUGUUGCAGUUAAUUUUUUUUCCCUUUGUUUUCAUUAGCACACAUUACCAUAUACCCAAAAGCAAUAGAAAAAUAGAACUUCACUUAAACAAAAAAUUAACUACAACGGUUAUAUAGCCUGCUUGGCAGGUGCAAAAAUCCGAUAAUGUCAACAGUCAGUACGUGACCAAUCACAAGUAAAGGGCUUGUCAGCAUGGUCCGAACUUAAUUACUUUGUAUACCGGAAAUUGUCGAGUCAAGAUGCUUUUUUCAAGUGAUAUCAUAAUCAAGCGAAAUAAAACAUUUUUACUCAUCUGGCUUCCACAGCAAAUACGACAAACACAGACUACGAGCAGUCUCUCUUUCUUUACUCCUUGCAGUCUACAACAAACAAUGAUCAGUUUCGUGUGAAUACACAGGGCUGUCACUAAGUUUUUAAGUUGCCGGGUAAAUACAACAAGUAGGUGGUGAAUCAAACAGCCAGGGAUUUCUUUGGCCUUACUUCAUCAAAAACAACAUUUGUGACCAAGAACUGAACAAUUGCCAGCCUGAGACGCAAAUAAUGAAAGGAGAAUUAUAAACAUUUUUGAAAAGCUCAAUGGAUAAUUUUUACCAAAGCUUCAGCUCUCUCUUUAUAAACCAUUUAGGAGUUCAUUCAAGACGGUAUAUGUUUUUGCAGAAAAGGCAGUCUUGUGAAUAUCGGCAUUGCAAAUGUCUGGCAAGAAUUGCAAUCACCUUGAAUUGCAACUCAGUGUUUGGACAAAUCCAGUAUUCAAAACCUCCUGGGCAUCUCUGCCUGCCAAACAAGCUGUUACAGUUGGCUCUAGUUCGAGUUUUAAUGUGAAGUUGCUACAAGUGAUUAGAGUAAUUUUGAUCUUCCAAAGCUUAUGCCACAUUUCCUUGAUGCCUGCAUCAUGUUUGUCUCUCACUAAUGCACACCAGGAUAUACCCCAAUAAGUUACUCAUUACGGCUCAGCCAAUCAGUAAUUUGCGGGCACCAGUGUCCACAGAAAUGAGCAAAAGGAGGUUGUUAUAGCAGGUAUCCCUUACCCUCUCUCCCCAAUCCCCCUCCCUUUUCCCCUUCCUCCCUAUCCCUUACCCCUUUCGACUGCUACGCAGGCUAUGGUUACACAUAGUACUCAACUUCAAAUAAGCACAUCCCUCAGAGUGAAAAAUAUUAAAUAGGUGCCCCCUUGGCCCACUACCACAUCCCUCCUCUUUGAAUAUAUCACAAUACAGUAUGCGCACAUGUUUUCAAUGAAUAUAGUAUAAUAUAUACACGCACUAGGAUGACCCAUUUAAGGACAUCACAGUUGAAGACACAGGUGCCAUAGGACAGCAACAGGGCGUAGUGAGAGUCAAGUAUAUGUGUUGCACUCACACAAAUUUGGGUUGUAAAAGAAAGAAAUAUCCAGUUUACUUCUUUAUUGGGGCCAAAUUCCAAAGAAUAAAAUAAGUGCCCUAUGGAAAUAGGGCCUCCCGAUCUCUCAACCCAGAAGAUGAAAUUAGUGCUAUAGUUGGUACUAUUUUUAAGCGUUUUUUGUAACCUCGUCAGCAUUCUAUUUUCUUGUAGGAUUUUGCAACAAUGGUGAAGGAACUUAACCAAGCCAGAGAGCAACUCCUAGAAAAAGAUGAAGAAAUUAGUGAACUGAAGUCGGAGAGGUGUAAUACAAGAGUGAGUACUAGUGUAGGCAUAAUGGUGGGCUUUAAGGUCAUUAGGGUUUCAGCUGUAAGCCACUGUUACAGAUCAUACGAGAAUUGUGCGAAAGGUUUUUUUGCUUAUGCCAUUUAUCUUUGUUUGUUACAGCUUCUUCUUGAGCAUUUAGAGUGUUUAGUAGCACGGCAUGAAAGGUCAUUAAGGAUGACAGUUGUCAAACGACAGGCAGCCACAACAGGUGGUGUAUCAUCUGAAGUAGAAGUUCUGAAGGCUCUAAAGUCACUUUUUGAACACCACAAAGCUCUGGAUGAAAAGGUAUUAAAAAUGUACUUAAAAUCAGGUUUGUAGCCUUCACUUUAGGGUAUAUUUUAUAAAUUGAACGAGUGUAACAGACUCAGUAAUGUCCCAAAAUUUUAGCUCGACAUAAUCUUGGAAUAAAUGUGUGCCUAUGCGCUAAUUCUUUCAAUGCAACCAUACCUUCAUGAUUUGUCGCUCUCAGUUACAAGUACAGAUGACAGUUUAAGCAAACAAUAAAAUUAUAUUGUCACUAUUGCUGCCUUUUGUGUGUCAAAGAUUGAAAAAUUGACAGGAAAUUAACUAGAAAAUGAUUUUAAUCUAAGACAUACUGCAGUGUAUCUAACAGGAAGUGUUCUCUUUUUUUGUUUUAGGUGCGUGAGAGACUCAGGCAGGCUAUAGAAAAGGGUAAUGCACUAGAAGGAGAGCUAGAAGAAACAAGGGAAAAGGUGAGGACUUGUCAGUAUUUUAUUCUUUAUUUGCAACUUCUUUUAUCACUAAAUAAUGAUGUUUGCAUUGUUUUUGUUUCUGCAGCUCAGAGAGCUUGAACAGGAGAAUGAAGAUAUAAGACUUCGGAAUCUCAGAAGAGUUAGAACCGAAGAAAAACUCCACACUUCAAGUGAAAACUGUGUAGAAAAUGGUGAUGAAGGUUCUGAUAGGGUGAAGGUUAGCUUUUCAUGACUCUUACAGGGUUUUUAUUAAGAAUUCUAGUUAGGUUGUAGCAGGAGAAAGGUGUAGUGUUACAGGAGAAUAUUUUGAAAGAGGCUCACCAGAGAAUUCUCCAAUCUGCAAGGCCUAAUUAACACCCUGCUGUUGUACAGGUCAUACUGUAUGUUUGUUAACACAUGCGACACUUGACAUCAUUCUGUGUUCCAGUAGAACAGGGGAUGAUGAAAAUGUAUCACGAUUUUACAGUGCAGGUAGCUGUGCUGUUCUCUCUGUGUGUAUUUCAGCGACUGUUUUUGACCACACACACACACACACAAGGGGACAGGGAAAUGUAAGACCAGCUGUGUAGAUGGUCACUGCAUGUUUAUACUCCAUGAUAUGGUUCCUCGUGGAUCAAUAAAUUUAUGAUGUUGGUGGAUCUUGUUUGUAAGAGACCUGGUAUCCAAGAUAAUAAUUAUUAAGCCCAUAGGUUAGGGUAAGGAGGGACAAAUGCAGGGAUUUUAAAGAUCAGCACAGUUAAUUGUAUCAUUGUAAUGGAGUUUUUGUGGCAAUAUUGCAAAAGGGAUUUUGCAGCACAGUAAGGUAUCCAAUUGUCUUUAAGAACGUGGGACCCGUUUCUUGAAAGUCUUGGUUAUCAACGGCCCCUAAAAGCCAUUUUUGUUUACAUUCAAGAUAGAGGUUAAAGUACCGGUAGUUUUGUGAAUAACAGGGUAAAACUAUCAGUUAACAAGGCAAAGUGCACUGGUUUGUUAGCUAGGAUCUGCAGUCUUAUUCUUUAUAUUUUGAUUUCAAUAUCUGAUUUUGGACCCACAAAGUCUUCAGGACUUUUGAGAAAUAGGCCCCAGAUUCAAAUCCUGCCUACUUAAAUUUAUUUUUAUUUUGGCUUCUGUCUUGAAGUGGGUGUAAAACAAAAUUGCUAUGGCAUUGACCCCACUGUUCUCCAAAAUGUCCAAAAUGUUAGUGUUAUUUAAAAAUGUUGUUGUUAUGCAUGACAUCUAUUUGCUGAUAAUAACUGACUGGUUUGCUUUUUAGCAUCUCUCCAAUGGUCCUGUUAGUCACGAUAUAAGUGCACAUGAAGAGCAAAUGGAAGAGAUGCAGUUUGUUCUUGACAAACGAGCCAAGGAGGUUGAAAGGGUAAAACUUUAACUUAUUGAAAAUAGCAGUACUGUAGGCAGUCAGAGUAAGAGGAGGGAGAAGUGCACCCUUUGUUUCUCUGGGUAAUAAUCUAUCGCAGGGGCUGUGCUCUAGCACCACCUGUUAGCCUCUGGAAACUUGCUUCUCCCUUUGGGUGACACGAAAAUUUUAACGUUUUGCACAAAACUGAAAUACUGGACACCCUUUUGUUAGAGCACGUCCAUGGGGAAGUUCUUGGGAGUGUGUUUCACUCACAGACCACUGUUGGAGGGGGCGGGCGAGCAUGACUUUCCAGAAAAGAAAUGGUAAUGUUAAAGAUAAAACCUGUCAAAAAUUAUUUGACCAUAUAUUUUUUACAUCUUAUUAUUGUACAAGAUAUGCCAGCAGACUUUUAGUGUUAGGUUGGAUGGCAACCAGCUUUUAUCCAGAUGGUGACAGGUUUUUUCAAAGCUGUGCUGUGUUUGUUUUCUUUUUAGCUUACAAGAGAAAAUAAAGACUUAAAAGAGAGAUGCACAACUCUCGAAGAAGAAUUAAGAAUAUGUAAUAAACAACUUGAUCGAGGAAAUACCUCUAUACAGAGACUGGAAAGAGAUUUAGAUGAGGUAUGUUUGCUUUUUGUAGACUUCUAGGCCUAAUUAUGGAAGAUGAUUUAAGAAAUCCUGUGGUGUGCAGUGUUAAAGUAACAAAUUUAUUAUUACUUACUUCUAUAUUGGGUAAUUAUAAGACAAUAGACUUGACUCACUUCAACAACAAGCUGGUGUUCUGAGUAAUGAAAGCAUUUGCAACUUUUAUGAUUAUAGUAUUUGAUUAUGCUAACUUUUAUUGUAAAUAGGCAGCAGCACAGAAAUCAGACAUGGAGGAUAGAAUAACAACCUUGGAAAAGCGUUAUGUGAGACUUCAGCAUGAGGUUACAGCACUUAAUGAUGAUAAUGAACGACUAGAAACCGAGUUGGCAAGUAAAGAAAGUGAACUUAUACAGGUUAGCAAGUUACUAUUGACAGUGUGACAUGUUGUUAUGUAAACUACUAGGUCUUGGUACUUAACUACAGUCAAGUUUUCCUACGUUAGCUAAAUUAUUGUAGAUGCAAUUUUGAAUUUGCUUUAUUUCUCCCUAACAUUUAGCAAGGGAUACAAUCUACAGUUUUCUGUUCUUUUAUGUCUUUCUAGGCAGAGGAGAAGAUCCGGCUACAGCAAGAAAGACUGGAACUUGCUGAGCAGAACCUUAACCAGUCCUUGCGAAAAGCUGAAGCAUUGCCAAAAAUUGAGGAAGAACUAGCUGUCCAAAUGGCUGCUUUGAAUGAGGUUAGGCUUCGAUGAGGGACAUUUUAAGUAAAGCACUUCUUUCUUGUUUCUAUACUAAACACCAGAUGUGGGUGGAACUUUUAAUUGCUCCAAAAGUGAGAUUUGAUUCUUUGUGUCUUUGUAAUCUCUCCUCCCCUCCUCCCCCCAUGCAAUUACAUGACAACACAAAGAUUGGUGGUGUAAGAGAUGACCAUUCUACCUUUUACUUUCUCAAAGGUUUGGCACUUUUAAUCUCCUAUUAAUCUCAAACUCCCAUUUACUCCCAUUUUCAGUUACUGCAUUUUAUUGUAUUCCAUUUUUAUGUUGUUGUAUUUUAUUGUAUACCCUGCGAGCAGAGGUUACAUUUUCGCUGUGUGAGCUGGCAUGCGAAAAGUAGCCUCUGCCGACAACCAUUCAAUUUUCUAUCGGCAUGUGCGAAAUUCGUCACCCAAUUUGCAAGCAAAAUUAAUCGUCAGGUCUGCCGUCAAAUGGCGUGAGUUUCGCGGGAAUAAAAAAAUUGCAUUAACUCUGAUCUGCUAUGCAAGAUUCGCGCAAGACUUGCGCAAUGCUCUAAACCAGUCAAGAACAGGAAAAAACCCAUUUUUUAAAUUUAUUUGUCCAGAUUUCUGGACGGAUUUGAACGUUGUCGGCAGAGGCUACUUUUCACACACCAGUUAACACAGCGAAAAUGUAGCCUCUGCUCGCAGGGUUUUAUUGUACUUUGUGGCGCUAACAUUUUUUAUUUGAUAUUGUACUGCAUAAACAAGUUUCAGCAUAUUUGGUGUUUUGUUUCCAGGCUGCCGAGAAACAUGUCUCUGCUGAAGAGACUUUACAGCAGCUGCAAGCCCAAGUUCAGGAUCUCCAGGCAGAACUCAAUAGGGUGAGGCACUGGAGACGUGACUACAUUCUAAUAAGAAUCUUCUCUGUACAUGACUUUCUUAUCAGGCAGUAGAGUAUGCAAAGACCACACCACACCCCAUUUCAUUUAACAGACUUUGGUUGGGAAGGGGCAAUUGGGAAUUUAUCUUUGUGAGUAUUCUAAUUACACCAGAAAAAAAAAUUGGUAUAAAAAAUUUACUAGACAAAAUUGAUCUGUACUAUGGACAGUAUGUAAAGAUUCCUAAUUAAUUUCUAGAGGGUUUAAGUCCUUUCUGAGCUUGCUUCAAUAUCUGCCUUGAAUUGUGAAAUUGCUGGUUGUACCCGGUGUUGCUGCCAUUUAUUUACAGGAGAAUAUCAAUAUCUUUGUAGGCACGUGAAAGAGAAAAAAUGAAUGAAGAUCAUAAUGCUAGGUUAUCAAACACAAUUGACAAACUACUGGGUGAAUCAAAUGAAAGAUUACAGGUUCACCUCAAAGAGCGAAUGGCUGCAUUGGAAGAGAAGGUAUGAGUAUGUGCCCUAUACUUAACUCAUGCUAGUUACCACUUUGUUCUUUUUGUAUGUACACAAAACGGGCUUCUAUGUUUACUAACUUUGUUGUAGGCCUUUACCGAAUAAAAUACAUUUGUUCUUGUUUAGCUUUGUUAUAAACUAAGUACAUGUCACUGGAAAUUGUUUAAACUCGUGAUGGUUCUUAGUUAUGUGUAGAUGACAAUGAUCAAGCUUCACUUGUAGUACUGCAAGUGUAUUCCCAUUUGACUAUGGUUCAGUAAUUUAUUUAAGCAUUUUUUACCUUUACUGGGUUGUGUCAAGGAAUACCUUCCAACCAAAUUGGUGAAAAAAAUCCUAAUUUCCUUCCAAAUAAUACUGGUGUAUUCAACAAAACAUUUUCCAUUCUCUUUGCAACAGGCUGCUUUAACUCAAGAACUUACUGUAGUAAAGUCACAAGUUGAAGAUCUCCAAAGAGAGAAGGUAAAAGGUGGUUGAGAUUAUGGAAUGGUGUGCUUUAACAAAAAAAAUAGUUCUGAUCUUAUGAAAUCCUGGUUGCCUAACACACAAGUUGUACCUAAAACCCAUUCAACCUGUAGCUUACAAAGAUAAGAACCUUGAAGAAAAGCCAACCCAAAUAAUAAUCUAAGUAAUGAUUAAAACUGAGAAUAGGAUUUUACUUACAUUUUUAUGGUAAGUUUUGUGUAAACAUAGUUUUUUUUGUCACCUAAGAGACUAAUAAGAGUGAGCUGCUAUGACUCACUGGUUACUGCUUACAGCUAGUGCAAAACACUGAUAUUUUACUCCAGUGCUAUUCUAUUGUAGUUGGGAGAUUUUCUGCUUGAAGCUAUGUUAAAUGCUCUCAUGUCUAAGUCAGUAGUUUGAAUUUUUUUCCUUUCUAGGAAAUAUUAGCUCUAGAACUGGGAAGGCUGAAUGAAGAAUUUGAAAAGUUAAAAUCCAAGGUAUAAUAAUUUAUAUAUUUUUGCUUCCCGUGAAUAUUAAGGUCAGGAUAAUUUUAAGAACUUUGGGGAUUUGCUUUAAUCAGUAAAAUUGGAGUCCAAUAGUGCAAUCCAUCGCUGAUAAAUGAAAGUCAUUCUUAAAAAAGAGCAGAAUACCUUGAUCAAAAACAUAAACAUAUAAACAACUAAAACCUUUGGUGUGACAGUUUGCUUUAAUGACUGUCAAACUUCAAAGAUGGUUAUGUUUUGCAGCCUUUUAGAACAUUUUUUUUCAUCAUGUACCCAUGCUCAGAUGAAAACUACAACUGUACUCAUACUCAAUCCUGUACUCGCAGCCGAUUCUGAAGGUCCUAAAUACAUUAAUAAAGCAAGUCAAAGUGCAUAAACACAAUGAAUGUCAAGGCAACCAUUUACACCUUCUAUAUUGUAUUUUUGUUCUCUCUCAAAUCAGGGUGUCAUUGAUGCAACUGUAAAUGGUCCUGUUGUGCACUUCAGGUAGAGUACCAAAGUUAAGUGAAAUGAAUAAAUAUGGUACCAUGUGGAACUGAUCAUUGCAGAGCAAUAAUUGUUGGAGAAGACUUUUUAGGGACUGCGAGUUGGUUGUCCUAAUAUUUUUGUUGUAAAUACAUUAUAGUGAACCCGUCAAACGAGAGACAAAAGGUCGUGCUGGAAUAGAGGAUUCACCCAGUCGAGUAUUCACGCUCAAUGAACAGGAAUGGCAAAAGCUUGAACAGGAAAGUGUGCUAAAAAAUGUUGCCAUGGCAUUUGACACAAAUCGAUUGUCUGACAUUGAAAGUGAUGCUGGUAGUGAAACAUCAGAGGACAAAGGUGUAGGCGGUGAUGCACAGACACUGGCAUCAUUGUUACAGCAGCAGAUAGAUGUUAUUAACAAGGAACUCAGGUGAGUUGUAAUUGUGCUAUGGCUUUUAGCCCUUAAAGCUCAAAUACUGACCAAGUUUGUCCCCUUUUCAGUCAAUUACAAGAGGAGCACAAGUCAACAGAAAGAAAAGCCCAGGUCCUGGAAAGAUCUGCAGUAAAAACACCUAUGCAUAAAGAUAUGUAUUCAGCUUCUCAACAAGUACAUGUAAGUGUAAUAUCUUUCGCAUUCAAUAGAAUAUGUUGAACCAUAUGUCGGUGAAUUUUUUAAACCAACUUUGUGUUCACUUUGACAGCUAUGCAAAUGUUGCCAAAGGUGAUAGAUUGAAAACUUUAUGUCUGACUGCAAAACAUGUAACAUUUUGUUUCCAAAUCAUCAUGAUAUGGCCAUGCACACACUGAAGAACAUUAGCCAAAAUACUUAAAAGGGGGAAGCCUUUGUACGUGUAUAGGGAUCUGCAUCCCUAACUUCAGGAAUCAUGUAGUGCAUGACACAAUUUGAUCCUUGUGAGAUUGAGCAGCAUUGUAGUCGUCAACAACGAAGUAUCCAUCCUAGAAUCUGUCAUAUUGAAAUGUAGUACAUCUUAAACAUGCAACAUGAAUCAUGUUUCUAAUUAUUUAGUCAAGCUGUGUUGUUUUGUCUUAAAUGUUUUCAGGAGCUGGUUGCAUCAUCUACAUCUUUCCCAUUUCCUCCUCUUGAUCCAAUGGACACAACACCAAUCUGGGUAUGAUCAGUUCUUCAGGCACAUUUUAAGUGUUUCUAACAUGAAACCAUUCAGAACUUGCUUUGUAUUUGAUGUUCAUGUUUUACAUUUUAACUCCAGGUGAGAUCAAGUAAGGAGAAUUCACUUAAUACUCUUGAAGAUGCCCACACGCCACCCACACCAAGCUCAACUGCAUCUGAUUCAACAGAGAGUUCUAAACCCAGUCAGUCAGGCAUAACGUCUAGUUUAUCACCGGAUGAUGCUGCAAAUACGGUUCCUUCUACAAAUGGCAUAAUCAAAACAAGGUAGGAAACAGACACAGUAGCAACUGUUUUGUUCUCCUUGGCUAUGUAACCUUAUCUUGAGCAAUGAAAUUAGACAUGGCUUACUUUUAUUAUUAUAAAGACUCUGAAGUUUAAAUGCAAGCUUUCUAAAAUGUCACACAGUCAAAUGUCAUUUUAUUGGGUUAAAAGGGUAAUUUGUUUGGAGAGUUCCAACCAUACUUGCAAUCACAUCAACAAGUAUCAGACCAAGCAGCAAAAAAGAAAGUUACUACUUGGAUUGAUAUACUUUGGUCGUGACUCACAAACACAACCUUUUGACUACCUUCAAUUAAACACUUUAAAAUUGUCAAUAGGUUGUGCUUUUGGGUGACAAACAAAGUAUUUUCCUGUGUUUCUUUAAAUAUAAUCAUCAUCCCUGAAAGAAGUGACAGUGGCAUUUUAUUUUUUAAGUUCAAAGCGUACUUGUGUAUAAGUUUCUGUUACUUGUGUGCAAAAGUUGGUAUAUAUCUCAAGUCAAUUCAAAUCCUCAAAUUUUUCAGGGAUAGUUCAGCAGACUCUUUGCCAAGUAUCACUAGUACAACCAGUAGUGCAGAAUCAUUAUCCAAGAACAAAGCACAUAAAAAGGGGAUCAAAGGAUCUUUUGGGCGUAUUUUUGGCAAUAAACCAAAAACUAAGCAAAAGGACUCUGGGGAAGUCCCCACAGACUCCUACUUGAUGCCUGGUGAACCAGUUCCGGGAGGUUCAGGGCAGCGAGAGUUAGACAGGAGAAUAAAAAAUAAAUCACACCUGUUAGCGGAGGCAUUAGCAGCUGGUACACCUUUUGCUUUAUGGAAUGCACCCACUGUUGUGGCUUGGCUAGAGGUGAGUUGGUAUGCUGUGGUCUGCAUUUCUGUGCAGUGAGUUUAAACUAGGAGUUACUGAUGAUUCACCACAUUUAACACAUGCAUAAUAAUUUUGGUGGCAAUCAGUUUACCUAAUGUUUAUGAUGCAUAAUUUAGACAUGAAACUGCAAGUCAAUGUUAGAGAAUUCUUGGGCCGUACAUAUCCUUUCUUGGAGAAAAUGUUUGAAGGAAUUCAUGCCUCUUAAGUAAACAUUUCCCUCUCUGUUACAAUUUCAGGAAUAAUAUUAAUGUAAUGCACUUUUGUUUAUCACUUUGUUGAGCCGGUAAGUCGAUUUAUUAUUAGACUAUAGGAAUUUAUUCGAGAUUGUUUUUUCAAUUGUUGUAGUUGUGGGUUGGCAUGCCUGCUUGGUAUGUUGCUGCUUGUAAAGCAAAUGUGAAGAGUGGAGCAAUAAUGUCGGUAAGGAGUCACACAGUUACCUGUUUUUUUAGGCAGUACAAAGCAAAAGGAAAGACAAUAAUCCUGUCCUCUUGAGCUUCUUAUAUUUGUACAUUACCAAAGUGCAGGAGAGAAAAUGUGUAUCUGAUGUUUAUUUAUACAGAUGUCGCGUUGCUUAUAGCCAGACAAAACUACUGGGGACCAGCCUUUAAUGGUAGGCUGGGCUCUGUUUAAGUAAUCGCUCAUCUUGUCCAACAACAAAAAAAUGCAACCCGAAGGGUUCUGUGCCUCAUCUAUUCAUUUAUAACAGAACCAAUUCCAUUUCCCAGAUGCCAUUAUGAGAAGUCAGAAUAAAACAUUUUUUUCUUUUAGGCUUUGUCAGAUACUGAGAUUCAGCAUGAGAUUGGGAUAUCCAAUCCUCUACAUCGACUCAAGUUACGACUUGCCAUUCAAGAGAUUGUUACUCUUACAAGUCCAUCCUCACCUACAACUAACAGAAAUGUAAGUUUUGAAAUUGUGUAAGUUACAUUUUUUUUGUGCUUGUUGUGCAGUCUGAGGCCAGGAAAAUUGCUCUUAGCUUCUGAUUGGAUGAGGUAUCAGAAAGAAUACAAUAUUAUUUAAUGUUAUAAGAAGAAGUCACACUGUUCAGCUUCUUGCUGUAACCAAACUGCUCAGCAUCGUGUGUAGAAAUGAUGAGUGAGAUACAUGAUGUGUGUUCUGAUUAGUCAUCAGUAAAAUUUUUUUCACAAGAAGCCUCGUCUGAAGAAUACUAUACAUGACCAGUUGAAAUGUUAGGAUUUAAGUCCCUAGUGACCAUAUAUGUUGUGAUACAUGUACAAACAGUAAAAUGAUUAUUACUUUUUAUCAAAACCCCUGACCUCCUGGUUAUUUUGCAGUCAUUAGUCUAUGGUGAAAUGAACCACGAUUGGAUUGCCAAUGAGUGGCUUCCAAGUCUAGGUCUUGCUCAAUACAAGGUGAGUAAACUCCCUCCUGACCAAUUACAGGUGUUAUCUGAUCACCUAAAAAUUUCUUACAUUACUGGACUCAACUAAAGAUAGAAAUUGGGUUGUAUAGAAAUAAAAUUAUUUAGUGACUUAGUUUUAUCCUUUGUUCAAUUUUUAUUAUUAUUAUUAUAUUGUUUGUUUGUUUUUAUGCUGAUGAGUUAAGGGAACCAAAAGGUGUUAUUGUUCUUUCACUAAAAUCCUACUGCGAUAAUAACAUUAACCCUUGUAUGUUGUCUCCACAGAGCUCUUUUCAAGAAUGUUUAGUAGAUGCAAGAAUGCUGGAACACAUCAGCAAAAAGGAAUAUCAAAAAUAUUUGAAAGUAGUUGAUAGUUUUCACAGGUUUGUAUGAUGAUGCCUAGUCGAUGGACUUAUUUACUGACUGAUGCUUAAACUACUGAUUGUUGACUGUUUGGCAUUAGUUGGUGGUAAUUUGCAGUUGUUGUAUUUGAACUUUUUGUACAUGUGCUGUGCUUUUUAUACCUCUAAACAUUUCGGUAGGGUUUUCUCAACUGGGCAGGGUAAGAUAGCAAAAACAUGAUAAACAAAAAUCUUGACUUGUCCCUUUCAUUAUCCUUUGUUGGCACAACAAAAUCAAUCAUAGCAUCUUGUCAUCUGUAAAUGUAAAUGACAGAAUGAUGUGCACUUUAAAACGUAAUAUGUUUUUAUCAGUUUCACUCAUGAACUUUUUCAACAUAACAACUAACAAACCUUUAUCCUCUUUUCAGGCACAGCUUACAGUGUGGUGUUAAAUGUUUAGGAUUUAUGAAUUAUGAUAGGCGGGUAGGUGUUUGUUUCUACAUUGUAGUAAACCAAUGCAAGUGGUUGAGUAGAACAAUAUCAUUAUUACAUUGUGGUCUGCUUCUCAUGAGUCAAUGCUAGAUUUGACACUUACGUUUUGCACAAGUAUAUUAUUUUUUGUAAUAUAUAUCACUUUGCAUCUUCAGUAAAAUAAUGCUUAUAAGUGCUUAAGUUAGACAGCUCAUGGCAAAUUGUUGAUAAAUGAGACAAAAAAAAACCCACACGGUCCAAGUACUGUAGGGACUUUUUGAAACUCCUGAGUUGACAGAUCACCAGUCUGAGUUUUUACAGAUAACAAGUCUGAUCUCUUCACCCCCCACCACCAGAUAUAAGCCCAACAAAAACCCCUUGCAGCAUAUGAGAUGCCCCUUAAAGAACCUUCUAAUAGAUGACUUUACUGGAUGAACUGUUUUUUCUUUCCCUCGAGUCAUUUUGUGAUAUGAAUUAAACUCUGUACCCAGCUACAGUAUGAUGGCUCAAUAAAUAUUAUAUCUUUAAUUGGCUACUGUCGGUUGUAAUUUAAAGUAAUGAAUAGUGAAGUAGAAAAGAAGCAAAAAAUUGUAUGUAUUACUUAACAGUUUAGAGAUAUUCUUUUGGUAAAUAGAUGAUAAAUGUCUUUUUUAUUCUUCAAGUUGCUAGAGAAAAGAAGACAAAUGUGUGCAGACGAGUCAAAAGGUAAAAGCUAAACUGGAAUUAUAUUGUUAACAGUGCCUGCAAGAGUUUAUCCCACUGACUCAAAAGAGAAUUGCAAAAUUGGUUUUAAAAGCAGCAAGUUGCCCAAUAUGUAAAUUGCACUGGCUGCCAACCGUAGUAACAAACUGAUUUCUUUAGCUUGUUUCUGCAUCCUGAACCAUACUAGAGAUUUUUUGUAGCUUAUAGCGUUCAUGCUGGGACACCAUUCAAAAACCCUCUUAGCCUGUCACCUAGAGUAAAUGUUCAGUGAUUGUACCAAAGCGAUGUUAUGAUCAUCAUUUUUCAGAUGUACUUGUCUGGAGUAACGAUCGUGUAAUUACAUGGCUUAAGAAGAUUGGACUGUCAGAAUAUGCAGACAAUCUUCCUGGCACUGGAGUACAUGGGGCAGUUAUUGCUUUGGAUGAGACUUUUGAUCACAGUACUCUAGCGUAUGCCCUACAGAUACCCAGUCAGAACACACAAGUAAGGCUUCUACGUUUUAUUUCUUAUUUAAGCUAAGGUUUCAUUCUCUCUUCUUCCAUGGUGUCUUCAGUCUCUGUUAAAUGUUAUUUGGUACUGAAUUUAGUAAUGUGGUUUUCAAAUGAAUAAUGCCAUAUUCCACACAAGUCUUAUUUUUAUUUUUGUUGUUGUCGUUCAAUAGGGUGUUUAUCAUUUCUUUUUAGUUCUCACUUUUUGUGCAAAUUCUAUACUCAUGUAGAGAGAUGUUAUGAUGUAUGAGUUCACACGAUAACACCCCACAUCUCUCAUAGGGUGAACACCAUUACUUUGUUAACCAUCCCCUGAGCAGAACCACUGUAAUACCCAGUUAGCAGGAUUAUGGGAAUUGUGCCCUCUUUCUGUUAACUUGACCUUGUUAAUAAUAAUAAUAAUAAUAAUAAUAAUAAUAAUAAUAAUAAUAAUAAUAAUAAUAAUAAUUCCUUCAUUUACCGACGGCAUUAUUUACAGCACUAAUGCUAGUGGGACCGAGCAAAUGCCUGAAACAAAUAAUUCAAAUUGAACUUAACAGGGUUAAGAAUCCCAACUGGCCAGAGGCAAACCAGCUGGCUAUUUACAAGCAUGGCUGAGGAUUUCAACUUGCGGCUACCUAGAACAAAUCCAGCUAGUGGUCGAAGCGGGACUUGAACUCGGGGCCUCUGAAUUUCAAGUCCGGCGUUCUAACCACUUGGCCACGCUUUUCUCCUGGGUACUUCAUGAUGCUGAAAACAGAGAUGUGUGGGUGACAUCAUCUCCAACUGUGCCUUUAGUGUUAUGUACGCCUUUCCGGUUUUCAUGUUAGUACUUAGUCUAUGUAAUUGAUGUUUAUUUUUUUUUGUAGACACGUCAUGUUCUUGAGCGAGAUUUCAACUGGCUCUUGGCAAAUGCCACUGACAGGGAAAUUGUAGAUGAAGUAAGUUUUGCCAUUCUCUGUGAAUUUUCGUCUGUUGUGGCUAGUUUUCCAUCAGAUCUUUUACUAGAGGAUUCAACUGAGAAAAAGAGGGGAAGGAGUGGGAGGGUGGAGAAAAGCCCCCCCCCCCCCCCCCCCCCCCCCCCCCCCCCCCCCCCCCCCCCCCCCCCCCCCCAACAACAAUAGUCCGUAAUAAUAAUCACCCCCUUUUUAUUAAACAUUUUUUCUUUCAACAUAAUUUUUUUUUUUUUUUUUUUUUUUUUUUUUUUUUUUUUUUUUUUUUUAUUAACAACAAUAUAUUAUAAUUUUUUUUUUUUUUUCUAUUCUUUUCUUUGGAAAAGGGCCUGCAAGGGAAAAUUUAUAUGUAAGUAAUUUUUUCCUUUUUUUGUUAUUUUUUUUUGUUUUUGGGUUUUUUUUCUUAAAAUUUUUUUAUGAAGGAAUAAACAAGAAAAAAAGGGGGAGGGGGGGGGGGGGGGGGAAAAACCCCCCCCCCCCCCCCCCCCCAUCGCAUCCUCCCAAUCGCCCACCCCUAUCGACUAGAUAUAGGCUGGAUCUAUGAAAUCAUCUGGCUCUUUAUACACAAGUUUCUCACUUGAAAACUAUUUGAUGCAUUUUGUUACUGCAGUGUGUUAUUAAAUUUCUAUGUUAGAAACAAUAAAAUCUAACUUAAGUUACUUUGCUGCAGCUUGGCAAUGGUGGUGAGUUUAAACGUUCCAAGUCUUGGCGUAAGAUGUUUAAGCAGCGAGAUAAAGGAAAAGACAAGACCAAAGAGAAGGAACCUGUAAGAAAGAACUCCUCUGGAUCUGAAUCAUCACUCAGUCAAUCAAGUGUCACUUCAUCUCCAAAGACAUCAGCAAAAAAUACAAAGCAUGGUGUAGCAAGUAAUGACAGUAAAGCUUCAGGUAAAAUAUUGUUUUAUGUAGGAAGGUGUACUGGCAUUCAUUAGUGGCCAGAACUAACUCAAGAAAAAUUCUUAGUUUCAUUUUGUCAGUGCAGUUGAACAGCCAUUAAGUCACCACCCUUGCUACUUAAUGGCAGUUGGCCGCUCAUAAGAGGUUUGUCAGAAAUUAGCACAAGUCACUUUAUUGGUUUGAGAAAACUGUUGCACAAAAAUAAAAACAUCCCUUCAAAAUGUUGUGAUGAAGUUCUUCCAACUUGACACAAACAAUACCAUAAACUAUGGUGAUGCCAAAAGCUGACUAUGGCCGCUUGGUAGAGGUGGCUGCAGUAGAGAUUUAAUUUACUUCUACAAUAGUAUAAUGAAUGGAUUUAUUUUAGGACUGUUUACUGUUUCAGGGUACGUUUUUGCUCAUGUUAUUGAAAAUUCAUUUUUCCCUUCAUAAUUAACUUAUCGGCAGUUGCAUACACUGCAUGGUUUUUAAAUAGUUCUGUGUUUAUAUAAUUAGGGAGACCUUUUCUAACGUCAAUUUCUUCUGCCUUAGAUGCUCUGAUUACAAGCAGCAAUCUUGCGUAGCAGCAGUUGGGCAAUUGAAGAUGUGGCAGUUCGGUAAGGAAGCAUUAAAUAAUCAAUUACUCCACAAUGAUAUGGUUAAGGUGCUUAAUACGAAUAUCUCUCCCUCUACAGAGGCUACAGCUAGAAUUCUAAUAAAGAUUAACAAAAUGGUAACCGCGGGGAAACAAUGGGAUGAAAGAAAAGGCCGCCCAUCAUCCCCCUGCUUUUUUUUUCCUUUCAUCUUAGCCUCCUCAUGAAACAAAGAGGCCUGUGCGGAGGCGUGAAGCUAAGCUUCGUUAGCAAAUAUUAACACCAAGAUAUUUUUCUUCUUUUUUUCUUUCCAGAUGUCAAUUACGUUGGCUCAUUAACAAUAAUAAAUUGUUAAUCAAGUAUGCUUAAAUUAUAGAUACAAAAUUUAUUUUUUCAGUUAGACAGGGUUAUUAACAUUGCCCAACUACACUAGUCAGUUGUAGUGCUUAAUUUUAUGGCAUUGUAACAAAAGAUUUAUUAUGCAAAGGAAUUUGCGUGGGGUUAGUGGGGACCAAUAUUGGUCUCCUCCAAUGGUUAAAAGGUUUCCAUGAAUUUCUAUACAUAUAUAUAUAUAUAUAUAUAAAACCUAUCCGACUUGUGAAUAUUAUUAAUAAUGUUGGGUAUGAAUUUAAUUGAUGAGAAUUAUGCACACCCUACCUGGGUUUUAUGACUUGCGGUUAAUUCACAAACACCCAGCCUCGCCAUCAAAUAACUCGCCCACAAAAAGUUAAUUCGGGGCGAGCUUUCUUUCGUUUGGGCGAAGUAACCAGUUGUCAUUUUCCAGAUUUCCUCCCUUGAUGUUAGCCCUGAAAGGAGCGUGACCUUGAGUAUUCGAGAAACAUUUUUGUGGUUGGUAAAAUAGCCAAUUCUCGAUUUAUUAUUUUUUAUUUGCAAUAUUCGUUUCCUAUAUUUCUUUUCCUUUUUGGAGAGGAUAGCUAAGUAUUCUUGUAUUUAAUUUGUUAUUUUUAUAAGUGUUUGCUAAGUAAUUACUUAAAGUUAUCCUGCCAACCAAUUUGUUUUGCAACAAAUUAUCAUAAUUGUUGUUUCUUCACUAUGUCUGCAUAUUGGUAGAAAUCUUUUUUAUCAACCGUACAAUUUAUAACUACGAAAGACGUAAACUGGAAACGCCCCCUUAAUUAGGUUUGUUGUAAAUCAAAGUAACGCUCUUUAUUUUACUUUGCCAAUCAGACAAUUUGCGCAUUCUCUGUAAGAAGUUGCGACUAAACUAACUUGUUGUCAAGCAACUUCGUUACCAGGGUUUCUCUUCUUUCUGUCCCCUGAAGAACUACAUUGGUUCCUUGCCUCGAUUGCAAACUAGUUCCAGGUCACUGCCGAAUGUCGAUGUUGUAGUGCGUUACCAAAGUACAUCCGUUUAUUAGUGAGAUCUUUAUGUUGUUAGUAGGGUUCUAAAACAGCUGAGCCAAGUGCAAAGUUUCCGCCAGUAUCUGCAGCCGAGUCUUGGCGUGAACGUAUGCUGGUUUUAAUUUGAGAUAAUUAGGUAAAUUAAAUUAAAAGGGUAAUUGUACUUUUUCGAAAUUUAAUUGAAUGAAAACAGUCUCUCCUAAUGAAUCAAAGGGGGAAAAGAAUUAUAUUGAUAAAAAGUGUGACCUUAAAACGCCCUUCACGUGGUCAUUAUCAAGUAACAGGCAUAUUUGUUCUAUGUACAUGUAAAUUGCGCCGCGGGUAGACUGAGAGUAGGGGUGGUGGGGCUGAAGCUUGUACACGGAAUUUUACGCCAUUCUUUUUUUCAGGUGAAAUCCUAUUGUAAACACUUAAGGCGCAAAACUGAAACCUAUCAAGAUAGGCGAGAAGUGAUAAACACUCGAGCUACACUCAUUACUAUUUCCACCAGGGAACUGGCUGGUCCGCGUUCGUGGAAAUAGUGGGCAAGACUUCUUGGGGAAUUCCCUGCUAAAUUUCCCCCCUUACUUUAAUUUACGAAGAGAUUGUGGAGAGAGAGUCCUAGUGUCCUUUACCCGUCAGAAUUGGUGCGGGGCCUGGAAAUGGUAGGGGAAAGCAAAUCGAAAACAUUUGCUGAUCAACAAUUCUGGUUGGUAGUUUGAACUACUCUCCAGUUCAGUGCAAUCUCUCAUGGCGGUUUACUCGAGUUGUGUAUCUUCUCGUUGAUCUUUUUAGGUGUGCCCUGUUCUUUGCAGAAAAGAUAUGUUGACCAUUUCAGUGUUGAGUGAAUUUUGGUCAUACUUCUAAUUUGUACAGAAACUCUUUGAAUAUAUAGACAAUACAAGAAUAAUUUUGAUAACAGCAAUUUGUCUACUUCAUUAGCUGGCUUUUUCGUAAAUUAUUGAAGGAAAAUUAGGUACUGAAUAUAACACGGCAAGCAUAGUAUCUUCAAUUCCUCAGAGGACUGACAGUAGAUAUGGUUUACUAUGUGAUUCCAUCUUAUUAGCUCUCCAAAUGUGGUAAUUAAAGUAAGUCCGGCUUGCAUGCGAGACGGCGAAAUGUUCGUGGUCUUUUACGACUUCUCUAGAAAUACUGUAUGUUUUUCCCCUGGAAUUGCGGAAAUGGUAUAUAUUGCUAAAAAUCAAAGGUCUUUGAUUACUUAAUAUGGAAAUAGGACGAAAAAGAUAACAAGCCGUCACUGGUAUAAAUUUUAAGUGCUCUACAAAUUGUACUCACUUUUAGAAAGAAAACAAAACCACAAAUGUCAGCCCCUUUAUAUAAUGGUAGAAUUUCCCACUAAUCUUGGCAUUAUUUUUUUUAAAAGCGCUCCCUACGUAGGAGCCACUUAUAUGUCCUUUCGUGACUGUAUUUAUUCACAACUGAGAACAGUGUUCUUUUGUUUUUCAUUACUGCUGUACAUCAGUUUGUAACAUACAAAUAAAACUUUGUUAUCUCUAAUGUAUAUGUACCCAAAUAUCAAGAACUUGAAAUACAGUUAUAUUUUCUUACAAGUGACCUGCAAGUAUUUUGGGGAGGGGUU